AUGCUCGAGGAUCCCACAUACAACUCGGUUGUGCGCUGGGGAAACGACGGCGAGAGUUUUGUUGUUUUGGAGAACGAGAAAUUCACCAAAACCAUAUUACCAAAGCAUUUCAAGCACAGUAACUUUGCGAGUUUUGUCCGCCAGCUGAACAAAUAUGACUUUCACAAAGUCAGACACAACGAAGAGACCGGCCAGUCAGCAUAUGGUCCAGGGUCAUGGGAGUUUAAGCACCCCGAGUUCCACCAGCACAAGAAGGACAAUUUGGACAAUAUCCGUCGGAAGGCGCCCGUCACAAGGAAGAUUACGGUUGCGGAGGAGCCUUUCCCGCCAACGCAGCAAAUGGUCCUGCUGAACGACACUCUCUCCGCAACACAGCAUCAGGUCCAGGCUUUGCAAGAGCAAUACACCCAGAUCGCCCAAACGAACAAGGUGCUUGUAGACGAGCUACUCAGUCUGCAGAAGAUGGUCAAAGCACAGCACCAGGUUCACACGGAGCUUAUUAACCACCUGAACAACGUUGAUGAACAGCGCCGCCGCAACAGCCGCCACUCGGCGCACUCGAACCACUCGGGGCAUUCCACUGCAAACCAGUAUCACCACGGCGCCGGUGCCGCCGGCCUCGGCAUGUUGCCUGACAGUGCCGACGAGCCCGCUGUUGAGCUGCGCCGCGCACGGGAGAUUCUGAACAACGUUUCCUCAGACCCCAUUGCGGACCGCGAGCUCGAGCGCCUCACUACGCUGUUCCAGACAACUGCCGGCACGUCGCCACCAGAGUCGGCUGGCUCGUCUUCGGCCGUUUUCCAUCCGCCGGGUUCUGCCGGUAUGGCAAUUGGUGUUCCUGAUAUGAAUGACAUGCGCCAUCUCGUUUACCCGGUGGGCCAGAACGCCGGUAUCGACCCUUUCCACGCCGACCACAUCAAUAACAUCCCUUACACUCGCCCGCUCAGCAACCCCAACGCGACUGAAGUUCCACAAAUAUCGCCACCGCCAAAGGAUGCGGGAGGUGUAAUCUGGGGCCACCAAAAGCCUAAGAUUCUGCUGGUUGAGGACGACAAACUCUGCGCCAGAAUUGGUGCCAAGUUCUUAUCACAAAUUGAUUGCAGCGUGGACAUUGCUAGAGAUGGUGCCGAGGCUGUCGCCAAGGUCAACCAGGAUCCCGAGCGGUACGACCUCAUCUUUAUGGACAUUAUUAUGCCCGUCUUCGAUGGGGUGUCUGCGACUGCUUGUAUCCGUAUCGCCGCGCCCCGGGUCCCAAUUGUAGCCAUGACGUCGAACAUCCGCAGUGAGGACAUCGCCACGUACUUCCAUUGGGGAAUGAACGAUGUUCUGGCGAAGCCGUUCACAAAAGAGGGCAUGGUCCGGAUCCUUAGGAAGCUACUACCGUACCUGCUGAAGAACCCCCAGCAGCCUGGUGGCGAGGACAUGGGCCAGCAGGCCGCCGGUGGACCUCAGCCCGGGUAUGUGAACGCGUCGACCAUGGGUGCCAUGGCUGGUAUGCAGGCUGCCCCGAAUCUGGGCGGAGUCAAGUUCGAGACUCCGAUCCAGUCGCCAGCAACAUCUUCCUCGUGGCACUCGCCGGGCCCCGGCCAACUUCAGCACGCCUCUCCCAACAUGGACAGCGCAGGCGGGUACUUGCAAGCACCGGUAAAUGGUGGCGCUGGUGGGCCCUCUCGACCUGGCUACCAAGGUGGCCCGGCCGCAGCGAUGGCUGGCAACCCAAUGCGCACUAUGGUGGAGGGCAUGGCGAAUGACGACCGGCCCGAGAAACGACAGCGGCUGUAUGGCCCCGGCGGUCAAUACACGUGA